GAUCCUAUCUGAUCCCCAUUGUAAGCAGCAGUCCUGUCCUGCUUUAUGGCAGCUGAGAUUCUAGCUAUCUGUAUAACAGAACAUUCUGUCCCAGUGGCUGCACAGAUCCUAUCUGAUCGCCAUAGAGAGCAGACGUGUUUGGAGAGAGCUCGUGAUUUUUGACAAGGCUUGUGAUUUUGACUUACCCAGGCCCUUCUGGGUCUGGGGAGGUUGAUUUUUCAGCAGUUUUGUGGCUUAUAGCCUUACUUUUCUUUAUUUUUAUUUUUGACUUUAUUUAUUUUUUUUGAAAAUGGGUAAGAAAUUGCCCCCAACUGAGGAAGCAGGGGCAAUGAAUACCCGAGGAAGGCUGGGAUCCAGCAGACGAGCAGUGAGCCAGAAAGCUGUGGUUGGUGCAGAAAAGAAAAUGGCUGCUACUGUAAAGAAAGUGAACAAGAAAGCAAAAGUUUUGCCAAAGGAGGAGGAAGUGGAAGAGGUGUCUGUGGAGAGUGAGGAGGAGGAAGAAAAGCUGGAUGAGGUCCCUGAGUCUGUUUUGUCUGGAUUUGCGGCAUCUGAGCCCCCUGUGCAAAGUGUUGCGGAACUACAGCUCUCUGCAUCUGGAGCAAAGGUUGGUGAAUCCCAAGUUACCUGUGUCCCAGUGAGCACCCCCCAAGGAACAAGCGAGUCCACCAUAGCUAUGGAGGGAGAAAGUCUUGUGGCCAGCGCAGACUGGAGCCCCUGGUCUGGUAUGUGCAUCAGUCAGGGAGCAGAGGGGAGCGGUGCUUUGCUGGGGGAAAUGGAAGGUACAAGCGGCUGUAAUAACACACAAGCAGCUGCUGCUAUGGACAGUAACCCCCAGCUGAGGGAGGAAGCAGGUACCAGCUGCACUGCUGUAAUGGAGGCCGGCCAUGUGCUUGGGAAGGAGGACGCCAUCUUGGAAGCAGAGACAAGCUGCACAGCAAAGGGGAAGCUCCGCCCACCCAGUGAGACUUACAGAGAGUCCAGCAAAGAAAGAGAGGAAGGAAAGAUUCCAGCAAAGAACCCAGCAAAGAUCCAGGGAACCCCCCCACAAAUGGCACCAACUGAUGCUGCUUCAGCAGAGGGAGGAAUGGAGGCAAGCAUGGAAUGGGACUACCUGGCAGAGACUGUGGCUUUACAGGUGCUGGAGGAGAAACCUGCAGGUUUAUUUCAACAAAUGUUGCAAGCAUUAAAGUGGCCAGUACAAGAUAUCAAGCCUUUGAAGCCUUAAGCCACACCUCAGCUGACAUCAUCUUCUUGCAAGAGACCAGACUGACCACCACUGCAGAUAUCAAGAAAGCAUCAAAAGAUUGGCUUUUGGGUCCAGCUUUUUUUUCAAUUGCUGCAGAACCUGGGGCGGUGUUGGUAUUUUGUUUAAAGGCUUUUCUGGAAUAUUUGUGCACCGCCUUAUAGAGGUGGAAGUAGGCAGGUGUCUUCUAUUAGACGUCUCUGUUGCAGGACGCAGACUGAGACUUAUUAAUGUUUAUGGGCCUCAGUCUGGGCAUGGGAGAAAAAACCUUUUGAGGGAAAUUCAGCCAUAUCUCCAUACCUCCACUUCAGUCAUCAUGGCUGGUGACUUCAACCAGGUCCUUAGAGCAGAA